UUUUGAAUAUCAACGGUUUGUUUACAAAUAAAAGUUACUUAAAUUAAUUUAAAUGCUUUUAAAUCAAGUGCAAACGUUAUAGAAAUGGCUUCACAUAGACCCAAAAGAAUCAGUGAACUUGCGUCCGUGGAUUCAGACAUUGAGACACCCGAGAAAAGUGGCAAAAAUGCAUUAUACAGCAAAAAUUAUGGCAUGUAUCCAAAGCGAAUUGCUGAUUUUAGUAUCCAAGAAUACGAUUCUGAUGAUGAUAAGAACGACAAGCUGAAUUGUGCAAUCCUGAAUGAUUCGUUUGUACUCAGUCCAUCGAAAGAUUUCGAUAUGCCGUCAACGCCUGCAACAAGUAAGGAUUCAGCAAAAAAGUCAAAAAGACAGGAAGAGAAUAAUAGAAAUGUGAUCAAUCAAUGCAGCAAGUCAGCAGAUGAUAGUGGCUUUAUAUCAAGAAUAUCUACACUUAAAGUUCGAUCGCCUGAUAUAAAUAAGUUUAAUCCAGUAGCAGUAGAAGAGAAUUCGAAAGCAAAUCGAAGAAAAUCCCGUACGCAACUAUUUCCAUCCGAACCGCCACAAUCAUCUUCAAAAGUUUUAGUAUUUCAAAGCAGCACCAGCAGUAAGAUUGAGGAACAAAAGAAUGAAGAAGAGCCAGUGAGAAUUCAAGUUCCAGCACCUCGUUUGCCUUUAACAUCAAAAAAGGAUGUUGAAUCAAGUUCACAUGAAACUCCAUAUAAGAAAACUGAUCAACAGAUUUUCGUAACUCCUUCAACUCGUCCACUUCCAUCAGCCAAAAAUUCAACUAUUUCAACAUGCGAACGUGAUCAGCAUAAAAGACCAAAAAUCUUAUUCACAACACCAGUUGCACGUCCCUUUCCUGGUUCUAAUUUAGCGACUCCAAUUGAUUCGAGGCAGGCAUCACAUAGAAAAUUAUCGCCUAUUAAGGAACCAUCUGAGGAACAAGAGAAGCCAAGUGAAAAUAUUGUAAUAAUUAAUAAAAUCGAGUACGAGGUUGAUAAGAAAAUAGGAUCAGGAGGAUCAAGUUCUGUAUUUUUAGCAAAAGGACGAAAAUCUGGCAAGGAAUGCGCUAUAAAACUCGUUGAUUUAGACGGAGAUCCUUCAGUCGUUGAAGGAUAUUUAAAUGAAACAAAAUUAUUGGCAAAGUUGCAGGGCAACAUUAAUGUCGUUGCAUUAUAUGAUUAUUGUCACAUACCUGAAAAGAAUAUACUUUAUAUGGUCAUGGAAAAGGGUGAUUCCGAUUUACACAAGAUUCUACAAGGUUAUACCACGCACAUACCAGUUUAUGCUUUAACAAAUUAUUGGUAUCAGAUGCUUCAGGCUGUUCAUUAUAUCCAUUUAAAUGGUGUCAUUCAUUCAGACUUGAAGCCAGCAAACUUCUUGAUGAUUAACGGUCGUCUGAAACUGAUAGAUUUUGGAAUUGCUUCAAAUAUUGCAAUUGAUUCAACUUCAAUCAUUAAAUUCUCACAAGCUGGCACUUUUAAUUAUAUUUCUCCAGAGGCACUAAUUGACACAUCUAGUGGAGACAGUCCAUCAACACAUCAUCAGCCUAGAAUUCGUUUAUCCACAAAAUCAGAUGUUUGGUCACUAGGAUGCAUUCUUUAUUUAUUACUAUAUAAGAAAACUCCAUUUUCACAUAUUAAAGUAAUUCAUCAGAAGAUGAUGACAUUAACGAAUCCAAAAACAGUCAUAGAAUAUCCACCACUUCCGAAUUUCUAUCCUCCAAUUUAUACUGAGAUGCUCAAGAAAUGUCUCGUCUAUAAUCCUAAAGAAAGAUCGUCUGUCGCCGAUUUAUUAAAGUAUCCAUUUGACAUGAUUAUUCCUGUCGAUUAACGUGAGUCUACAUGUCUCUAUAUAUAUGUGUAUUUAAUUGUGUGUAUAAAUAAGUUUAAAAAAUAAAAACAUAAUAAAUGAG